AUGAUUAUCGCAGUUAGAACACCUGUAGGUACAAAAAGAGUGGAAGUACCAGAUGGAUCAACAGUCAGAUCGAUCUACGAAAGCUUAAAGAAUAUGGGUGUCAAUGUAGAGGGAACAUAUCUAUCGAUUUCCCCACGUGAUCCACCAAUGAAACCGGAAUUAACAAUCAGUCAAUCCGGUAUAAAACAUGGUGAUAUGCUUUUAUUAAUAUCUGUACAGUCAACAACAAAUAGUAGUAACAAUAACAACAAUAAUAGUAGUAGUAGUAGUAAUAAUAAUAAUAAUAAUACAGUUUCAUCACCUGCAUCAAGUCAUUCAAGUUCAAAUAGCUCAAGUGUUUCAAGUGGAAAAUCAUUGUCUUGCAAACAUGCACCCGGUGACAAGUGUGUGUUUUGCUCAGAUAGUUUGGGUGAGAAGAAGUGCACUCAUCCCGAGUCGGCAACCUGUCCAAACUGUCAGGACAAGAAGUUCACCGGUAAGAAGUUAAAGUGGCUGUGCAAUCAUCCACCCGGUGGCAAGUGCAGCAACUGUCUCAGAGUACCAAAGAAAGUAUCGUAUAAAUGUACACACGGUCCCAGUGCAGUAUGUUCCAAUUGUAUAGAUAAAGUAACAAAUAGCAAUAGCAGUGGCGACGUCAAUAGUGGUAAUAGCGGCGCUUCUUCACCGGCCGGCGAUCGUUCUUCGGCACCUUCAUCUCCACCCAACUUGGAUGCAAACAACAACAACUAUGUCGAGAAGCAGUCGCCAUUCGCCAACAAGCAGAAGCCGGCUGCCGCUCCAGCCACCAAGUGCUUGCACGGCGCCAACGCAAAGUGUACAAACUGCUUGCCAAAAGACGAUCCCAACGACACCGAACCACCCAAACGUAGAUGCAAAAACCACGGUAUCCACGGUAGCUGCAUCGAGUGUAUCGAGUGGCGUGAGUCACUCAAGAUGAAGUUGAAGAGUCAGGACGCUGCACAUUGUCCGGGCGCAGCAAUCGCCGUCACACCGGCCAACGAGUUCCAGCACUACGUCAGCAGUCGCAAGUUUGAAGAGCAACGCAUUGGAUUCCUCUACGGUAACUUUUUGCAGGAUGGAUCGGUCUCUGUCGAUGUAAUAUACGAACCACCACAAAAGGGUGACAAGAAAUCGGUUACUCUUCUCGAGGACAAAUCAAUUGACAAAAUCGAAUCACUCGCCAGCUUGCUGGGAAUGACUCGUGUCGGAUGGAUAUUCUCGCAUCCCUCAAGAAAAUAUGUUAUGUCAUCCUCGGAAAUCUUGCAAGCCGCCAACUACCAAAAUAAAUUUGGUAACUCUUUUGUAACAUUAAUUCUAUCUGUUAAUAGUGAAGGUAAUAGUAAUUUAGAAGCAUUCCAAGUCUCUGAUCAAGCGAUGAAGCUAGAGAAAACAGGAGAGUUCCAAUCGAAUCAAUCGGAGCCAACCAUUUGUAAAUUAAAAUCACCGGUACUCGUCGAAGGUUCAGAGACUCUGAAUGCAGACAACAAUUUCUUUAUAGUCACAGUUCCUGUCAAGGCAAGAGAAGACAAACCUGUCUUGAAUUGUGUAUUCCCAGUCAACAAUAGAAAUCCACCAACCUCUGACUCUGAUCUCGCUUCCUACAAGAUUGACAAUCAAGAUCAAUCCAAAUUGACAUUCUUUUCAGAUUUCCAUUUCCUUGUUUAUUUAUUAAUGCAUGGUAUAUUUGAUUUAAAUACUGAUCUCCCACUUAUCUGCGAUAAUGUUAGAUCGAGAACAUCAAAUAGUUUAGAUAUUUACUAUGAGUUGAUUGAAGCUCAUGUUGGUGAACUUAUUGGUCAUGAUCAUUAG